AUGCCCUUAAUGCAGACGCCUGUUUCUCAAAACAACUUAAGUAUUCCACUUAAGUACAUUGUUAAGCUUCGAGAAAGUCACAAACAAUUGUCAGUACUGAAUAGUAAUCAUGUUGCAAAAUAUGAUAAAAUAAUAGAAACAAACAAUGGUAAUCGAUCAUUUGAAGAAGAGCAAAAUAAAACGGAUAGUGAUAUGAUAAAUUUACUCGUAAAUCGAGAUAAUAAUCCAAUCGUUGUUAAUCAUUACAAUAUUGUGAGUGACUUAAUCACAAAUGUCGAUGAAUUAAACUCUAUUGUUGAUUAUGCAAAAGCACUAGAUAGAAAGCCAAUAACCGCUGUUGAUACUAGAAAACAAUGUUGUUCUGUUGAUUUAAUGAAUGAAUCAUCGAACCGUAAUUAUACAACUGAUGAACAAUUGGAACUGAUGAUUAGUUUACAAAAAAAAAUUGAUGAAAUAAAAGUGAAAGUUGCCAAAGAACGAGAACAUUGUAACAUUCAAUAG